GUACUUGGGGCCGCGGGCUUAACUGUCCCCUCCCUGACUCAUCCGGCGCGCCCGGGGUGAAGAGGGAAAGCAGACUACGUGUACGAGCCCAGGCGGUACGCGGCCUCUGCGGCCUGCCUCCCCGCGUCCCGGGAAGAAUGGCCCCCUUUCCCCACCCCCUCCGUGUUCCCGGCAGCCCUGGCCGGCCCGCCCCCGCCGCAGCUGCUGCUUCCAUCUCCACCGCGCCCGGCCCUUUCUGCCUCGUCAUCUCCUCCCCAGCCAAGGCUCGACCAGUGAGUGGGGCCGCCGGGAGCGCACGGACCGGGAGCUCCCCGGACCCCCGGCUGCGGUAGGGAAGAGAAACUGAGUUUGGGCAAAAUCCGCGCCCCACCAAAACCAGCCGCACCCGAAGGAGGGUGAGGACCCGUACCAGCUGGUGUCUCUGCACCCCAGACAGGACAGAGGACAGGACUCGGGAGUGGAUUCUGUCCUCCCUCCCUUCCUGCACUCGAUUGGGGGGACAGGCUUGGGAAGCCUCAAGUGAAGAGGGCAGAGGAGCCACAGUACACAGUGCAGUGAUGUCAGCCUAGUGCCCCCACCAUGGGCAACACGCAGGAGAGGCCAUCAGAGACGAUCGAUCGCGAGCGGAAACGCCUGGUAGAGACGCUGCAGUCGGACUCGGGGCUGCUGCUGGAUGCGCUGCUGGCACGGGGCGUGCUCACCGGGCCCGAAUACGAGGCGUUGGACGCGCUGCCUGAUGCCGAGCGCAGGGUACGCCGCCUGCUGCUGCUGGUGCAAAGCAAGGGCGAAGCCGCCUGCCAGGAGCUGCUGAGCUGCGCCCAGCGAACCGUGCGCGCGCCCGACCCCGCCUGGGACUGGCAGCACGUGGGCACGGGCUACCGAGAACGAAGCUACGACCCUCCAUGCCCAGGCCACUGGACUCCUGAGGCAGCUGGCUCAGGGACCGCAUGCCCCUGGCUGCCCAGAGCUUCAGAUUGCGAUGAGGCGCGGGGUCCUGAGGACUCGGAGGCAGCGCAAUCCGGAACCCUCGAGGAAACUGAGCCAGAGCUAGAAGCUGAGACCUCUGAAGGGGCUGAGCCGGAGUUGGAACCCCAAAUGGAUCCUGAACCAGAGCCAGGGACGGAACCAAAGCCCGACCUGGAGCCGGAGCCCGACCUGGAGCCGGAGCCCGACCUAGAGGCUGGGGACGAAUCUGAAGAUUCCUGAAAGCCUUAAAGCUGACAGGCCGCUCCUCGCCCUAGCAGGAUGGGAUCUAGGAUCCUGCCCUGCCGGGGUCAGAUGCCACGAAGCCUCCCUCUGUCCCAGUACCACUGAAAGUGAAUAAACUCUGGAGGGUCA